AUGAGUAUCGUCGCACAGGCCUCGCCGCCGCCACCGCCGCUGACGCUUCCGCACGAGUCCGAGCCGAAGCUGGUGAAGAGUCCCGACGCGCACAUCUCCAAUGGGGCCUCCAAGGAAGGCUUUCCCGACUACGAGGACUCGCAGCACAGCGCACACGCGCAAGGCUACGACUCUCUGGAAGAGUACGAGAGCUACUUCUCCAAAAUCGUCAUCAACAGCGAAGAGACCAGGGCGUCGGCCAGCGAGGACAACAGGGGUGGCGACGAGGACGAGGACGCCGAGCGGCUGGUGCCCAUUGACCGCCUGCGCGAGCUCCUAGACCCCGGCGUACUGAGCGGCUCGGUGUACCCGUCGCACGUGCGCGAGCUGCGUCUUCUUGGCGAGGAGGCGCACCGCUGGCUGUCGCGGCGCAACAUCGGCGGUCCGCUAGGCCUGGACCUGGGAUGCGGACCCAUGGUGCAAUUCCCGCUGCUGCUCACCAACGGACACGUCGACUCCCUGGUGGUCGCACACUUCCUGGACCAGACGCGCUCGCUGCUCCAGACCUGGCUGAAGGACGACCGCGACAACGCACUCAACCUGAACGGCAUGCUCGGCGCCACCGCGCAGCUCACCAACAAAACACCCGCUCAGCUGAAGGAGCAGCUUCGUCGGCGCAUCUCGGACGUGGUGUCGUGCGACCUGUUCAACCGCGAGAAGGGCAAGUUCCUGCCUGAGAAGCAGGACCGUGAAGGCGUCUACGACGUGGUCGUCACCUCCAUGCUUCUCGAGGCUGUCAUCCCGGACCUGGACACAUACGCCAGAGUCAUCAAAAGGGUUCAUGGGUUGCUGCGCCGCCAAGGCCACCUUAUGAUGAACGGCGUGCUGGGCAUGACCUACUGGGACAUGAAGGCGGGCAAGUUCAACUGCGUCACGCUCACCAAAGAUAACUUGGAGAAGGUGCUGCGCGACGCUGGCUUCCUGGACCUCGAGUGGACCAUCGUGGACCGCGAGUACUUCCACUCGGUCAGCGACUACACCAAGUCCUUCCUGGUGCUCGCCCGCAAGCCGUAGGCUCC